AUGACGAAGCAGCAGGACAUUCUGCUCGUGUCUGCCGAGGCAUUGCUCCUGGAUCUCCGACGGAGUGUUGCGAGAACCGUUAGUCGUGGGGUCAUUCUUGGAGAAGCACAGGCUGUUCUGACCAUACACCCCAACAGCUCCCAGAUAUUCAGUGGAGAGUCUGUCACUCUCAGAUGUGACAGACUCUUUAAUCAUGAUAGAGCAGAUUCUAUGUAUGAAUCAACUAACUUCAUGUGUCUUUCUACAGCUCUGCCUGUGGCCUCAGUGAGUGUCUCUCCUCAGGGUCUCCUCUACUCUGGAGAGACAGUCACUCUGCAGUGUGUCAUACCAGGCUACACAGACUGGAGGUACUACUGGUACAAAAACAACCAACAUCUUCCUGAUGAGACCAGUAAAGCCAUAGAUAUCACCAUCCCCAUCACUCUGACUGGUCAGGCUGGUCAGUACAGAUGUGAGGGGCUGAGGACAGAUCAGCCGCAGUGUUCACAACCCAGUGAUGACAUCACUAUCAGUGUCACUGCUCUGCCCAAAGCUACACUGACUGUAGAGCCAAACCCUGUGUUCCCUGGAGAAACAGUUACUCUGACGUGUUCARUAGGGUCUGACAGUAACUGGAACUAUCAGUGGUACAAAGACAGGAAUGAUAAUGUAGUAUCCCAGUCUGUCAGACACACUAURACAGGAGACACUCUCACCAUCAGUAAAACUGCUGAGUCUGACCAGGGUCUCUACUGGUGUCAGGGAGAGAUCCAGUCCAGAUCCAUAUCAAUCAUCAGUGAUCCUGUCACUAUCACCCUGAAUGCUCUGCCCACGGCCUCAGUGAAGAUAGUCACUCCACAGGGUCUCCUCUACCCUGGAGAGACAGUCACUCUACAGUGUGACAUAUCAGACUACACAGACUGGACUUACCGCUGGUUCAGAAACAAUAAAGAGCUUCCCAUUCAGACCAGAAAAACCAUCACCAUCUCUUUCCCUGACCAGGCUGAUCAGUACAGGUGUGUUGGGACGAGGAGAGGUCGGCCCCAGAAGUCAAAUCACAGCUUUUCUCUGCCCAUCAUCGUCACUGCUCUGCCCAAAGCUACACUGACUGUAAAACCCAACCCUGUGUUCCCUGGAGAGACAGUUACUCUGAUGUGUUCAGUAGUGUCUGACAGUAUCUGGAACUAUCAGUGGUACAAAUACAGGAAUUAUUAUGUAGUAUCCCAGUCUGUCAGACACACUAUAACAGGAGACACCCUCACCAUCAGUAGAGCUGCUGAGUCUGACCAGGGUCUCUACUGGUGUCAGGGAGAGAUCCAGUCCAGAUCCAUAUCAUCAAUCAUCAGUGAUCCUGUCACUAUCACCCUGAAUGAUUCUCAGCCGUCGACUACACUGACUUCAGACAAGGAGGACGUAUUCACAGGAGACAGUGUGACACUGAGCUGUACUGUAGAGUCUUCUGGAUGGAGGUUUUACUGGUACAGACACAGACCAGACUCUACACCAGUAACCACAACCUCUGAAAACUCCUACACACUCAGCUGGGUCAGUGUCUCUGAUGGAGGACAGUACUGGUGCAGAG